UCUACGUUUCUGGGCGGCGCUAUACAAUCUUUGAUCAGAGCUAGCUACGGCGCCCUCUAUAUGGUACAGCCGCGUCGCAAGGAUCAAGUGUAUAUAUGUAGGAAGGACGACGGCAGUUCUUCGAGUCUAGCCUGAACUCGCCGUGAUGAAUCGUGUUUGUGACACUUUUGACUGCCACUUGCAAGAUAGUAGAGGCGUUUCUUUUCGUUAAUCUGUUCAAUUUAUGUGCACAAAGGUAAACUGAAGAUUGGAUAGGCUAUUCUUCCACAGAGGUUCAAGGAUGGCUUCGCUCUUUGAUCAGUAUGAGCAGGCCACAGCCAGGGCUGCCUCCAGCAUUUCACAGGGGCACAGAGAGCCGGUGCCUGCACCUAUCACAUCAGGAUAUGUAACAGCAAAUAUGGAGGAGGACGUCCGGAUUUUCAGCAAAAUGAAAAUCAACUUUACGCCUCCACGACCCAUCACCCACCUUGUCGUCAACAAUAACAUUCUGAUGAUGGCCAUGUCAGACAACAUGAUCCUGCGUAUUGAUCUGGAGCACCCAGAACAGCCGGAUGAGGUCAGGUUGGGAGAGGAUCGAAUCCACAAGUUGUUUCUGGAUCCGACUGGCCGUCACCUCAUCAUCAGCACAGAGCAGCAAGACGUCUUCUAUCUCUCCAGAACAGGCCGCAAAGCCAAAGCACUGCACAAACUCAAGACGCACGUAAUUGAUUCCAUUGGCUGGAACAAGCUGAACACCAAUGACAAUACCACUGCAGAGAUACUUGUUGGAACCAGCCGAGGUUUGAUAUACGAGACGGAAAUUCAAUCUGGUGAUGACAGUCGGUUUUUCCAGCAAAGUCUUGACCAGUACUGGAAACAGGUUUUCAAUCUGGGCAAGGAGAUCCCUGUCCCAGUGACUGGCCUUGAGGUGGAACUCAUGCAACCAGCUCAGCAGAACGAGAGGCGAUUCUUCAUCAUGGCCACAACUCCAGGCCGGCUUUACCAAUUUAUCGGUAUCAUCCCGAGUUCUGCAGAGGCACCUGUCUUUCUAAAUGUCUUUCACAAGUACGACGCUAGUCCAGCCAGUUUUCUAGAAUUGCCUGGUAACUUUGGAUACAGCGAACUUCAGUUCAGCUACGGCAACAAAAAGACAAUGCCAUCCAAUUUUGCCUGGAUGACCGGUCCAGGCAUAUACUUUGGCGUCUUCGACUUCAACAGUCAGUCCUCAGACAAUCUGACCAAAGACAGUCGUCUCUUACCAUAUCCCAACGGAGCCAAGGGGGACAGCUCAGCGACAAGACCCAUCGCCAUGGCACUGACGGAAUUCCACAUCUUGCUUCUCUUUCCAGACAGGUUAAAAGUGAUGUGUGUUUUGAAUGAGCAGCUUAUAGAUGAAGAUGUCUACCAUGUUAGAUAUGGUAAAAUCCUCGGUAUUUGUCGAGACAAGACAAAAGGAACCAUUUGGACCUUUACCGACCAGAGUGUCUUCAAAUAUAAAGUGGUAAAAGAAUCAAGGGAUGUAUGGCGUAUGUAUCUUGACCAGGGUGAUUUUGACCGGGCCAAGGACUAUUGUCAGGACAAUCCGGCCAAUUUGGACGAGGUGCUGACCAGACAAGCAGAAUACUUCUUUGAAAGCAAAAAGUACGAUAAGAGCGCCCUCUACUUUGCCAUGACAGAGAGGUCCUUUGAGGAGGUGGCACUGAAGUUCAUCGGUGCCCAGCAGACUACUGCCCUGCGCACAUUCCUCAGUAAGAAACUCGGCAGCCUCAAGCCACAGGAGAAGACUCAGAUGACAAUGCUGGUGAUGUGGUUGAUUGAACUGUACCUGAACCAGCUAGGUGAGUUCCGAGCCAGGGAAGAAGCCAGAAACACCCACGACUCCGUCCACACCGAGUUCCAGAAGUUCUUGGCCCAAUCCAAGGUCAUGGAGUGUCUGAGUGGUAACGUGGACACGGUGUACGACUUGAUCGCAAGUCAUGGAGAUGUGGAGGACAUGGUGUUCUUCGCUAUGCUCAUGAAAGACUACGAGCGAGUUAUCAGCCACCACAUCCAGCACGACGACUACCAUUCGGCCCUGGAGGUCCUGCGCAAACCCAAGGAUGCGGACCUCUACUACAAGUUCUCCCCCGUCCUGAUGCAGCAUAUUCCCAACGAACUGGUCAGUGCCUGGAUUGAGUUGGGCAAGAUGCUGGACCCUAAGAGGUUGAUCCCGGCCCUGGUACAGUAUGACCAUCUGGCCCAGUCCAGUCAGGUGAAUGAGGCUAUCCGUUACUUGGAGUUCUGCAUCUUACAGCGCAUGAACACAGAGCAGGCCAUCCACAACUAUAUGUUGUCGCUCUAUGCCAAGUACCAGCCAGACAAGCUCAUGGGAUACCUAGAGCGACAAGGAGAUAUCGAAGAGAAUGUUAACUACGAUCUGAAAUACGCCCUGAGACUAUGUGCUGAACACAACCACAAGAGGGCGUGUGUUCACAUCUACACAACAAUGGGUCUUUAUGAGGAGGCUGUGGACUUAGCACUGCAGGUGGACGUUGAUCUUGCCAAGCAGAGUGCUGAGAAGCCGGAAGACGACGAUGAGCUGAAGAAGAAACUAUGGCUGCGUAUCGCCAGACAUGUCGUGGAGGAACAAAGCGACAUCCAGAAGGCCAUGUUGGUGCUGCAGGAAUGCCCGCAACUCAAGAUAGAAGACAUCCUGCCGUUCUUCCCAGACUUUGUUACCAUUGACCAUUUCAAGGAUGCAAUAUGCAACUCCCUGGCUGAUUACAACCAGCACAUUGAAUCCCUCAAGAAUGAGAUGAAAGAUGCUACAGAGAGUGCCAAAGCCAUCAGGGGUGACAUUCAGGAAGUCAGGAACAAGUACGGCAUUGUUGGAGGUAGCCAGAAGUGUGCGUCAUGUAACUACCCACUUUUGACACGAUCUUUCUACCUGUUUCCGUGUCAACACAUGUUUCACGCAGAUUGCUUGAAUAAAGAGGUCUUACCCCACCUGACGAUAGCCAAACGCACUCGCAUAUCCGAGCUACAGAGACGCUUGUCACAGCUGCAGACCCAUCGACCUCCGACCUCUUCAGCGCCCUCCAGUGAUACCAUAACUAAGCGCGACGAGACGGAUCAGAUUAAGAAUGAACUGGACGACAUCAUUGCCGCUGAGUGCGUAUACUGUGGUGAAAUCAUGAUCAGAUCUGUUGAUAGACCCUUCAUCGAGCCUGAUGAAUAUGAUGCCACAAUCAAGAGCUGGGAGUAGACAAUGCUAUUAUAACUCUGUAUCAUACAAACGUUACCUUUCUUGUAUUUGUUAUUCCUUUGUUAUCGUCACUGAUGAUAGUGUAUAUUCCAUAAGACUUUGCUCACCUGCUUCAGUAAAUAUGUGACCCGCUCUGCAAGGAAGGGUAUUUAGUCGCACCAUGCCAAAACUCGUAUUGGCCUGUUCUGUUUGAAGAGGGCAAAAUUUCUUCAAAAAUGUGGUUUUGUGUUUUUUCCUUUAGUACCUUAUGUAAUAUUUAUAUUUUCAGAA